AUGUUCAGGUAUGGUGCGUUGAGAUUUUUGCUGGUUUUAAUAGGGGCGUUUGCAGCUCGUAAGGAUGUUAUUGAGAGAGUCAAGGAGCAUUUUGAAAGUUCUAGUCACACUAAUAAUUGGGCGGUGCUUGUCUGCACUUCACGUUUUUGGUUUAAUUAUCGGCAUGUAGCAAAUGUUCUUUCGUUGUAUCAUUCGGUUAAGAGGCUCGGUAUUCCUGACAGUAAUAUCAUUCUAAUGCUGGCUGACGACAUGCCUUGCAACCCAAGAAAUCCUAAACCUGGUACAGUAUUUAAUAGUAAGUAUGAAGAUAUCAACCUGUACGGAAGUGAGGUAGAGGUGGAUUACAGAGGAUAUGAGGUUUCUGUGGAGAAUUUUGUAAGAGUUCUCACAGGACGGGUACAUCCGGCUACACCCCGUUCUAAACGGUUGUUGUCUGACCAUCAAAGCAAUGUUCUGGUUUAUCUGACUGGUCAUGGAGGCGAUGGGUUUUUGAAGUUCCAAGAUGCUGAAGAGUUAACUAAUGUUGACCUAGCUGAUGCUAUCGAAACAAUGUUCCAAUCCAAUAGAUACAACGAGCUCUUAGUGAUUGCUGAUUCUUGCCAGAGUGAAUCGAUGUAUAAUAAGAUAUACAGUCAAAACGUAUUGGGCACCAGCAGUUCACUCAUCGGAGAAGAUUCUUUAUCUUAUGACGUUGAUCACUCUAUCGGUGUUUAUAUUAUCGACCGAUAUACGCAUUUUACACUGGAGUUUCUUGAAAACGAAGUUCAGGCAUCAGGUUCUAAUCGAACCAUGGCAGAUUACUUCGAUUCUUGUCCUAAGAUAAAAUGCAUGUCUACCGUUGGAGUUCGAACAGAUCUUUAUCCCAAAGACCCAAGCCGUGUUCGCGUGACAGAUUUUUUUGGUUCUACACGGAACGUAAGAGUUAUUAAUGAAGUUAUAGAGUUUGAUGAUGAAUGGCUAAAGGUUGAACCAAAGCGGUAUUGA